CAGAAGCCGCACCAUGAUUUGCAUGCCUGCUCUUAACCUUCUUUUCUACAACGGCCUGUUGGGCUAUUUAGUAAGGGAAAUCACUCAAAUCAUCAAUGAUUCUUCGGCCAGGACAAGUGUCUGGCAGCAUAUUCCUAUUAUCGGCAGGAUCUUCGCUCCUGUACAACUGCAAGCUCUUAAUGCAGAGGAGUUCGGGGAGAACCUGUGGGACCUCAACCCAUAUGUAAACAUCUUGCUGCUUCUCCCAGCACUCUUUCAGAGCCAUCACUUCACCAUGGUGAUGGCGCCGAUCCUCAUGUUGAACUUCUACGUUUACCAGUGCCUGGGUGCGCUCCACCUGAAGCUGAUGUGGCACUUGUGGUGGAGCGACCUCUGCUGGAGCUACUAUGCUCCGCUCGUCUUUUUCGGAUUGCUGAUGAACACGCUGCACUUGAGUCUGAUCAUAGGAGCUCUGAAGGCUCAGCUGACGAUCGACAGUGACCGCAAACCCCGGAUCAUGUCUGAGUAUUUCCCUGAACAGCAGCAACUUGCCGGAGAGGAAAUUCGGGAGAGAAGGACAAUGGCCCAGAACAUUAAACACUGGAAAACCUUAAACUGAACGGCGCUCCACAGGCUCAACCGCCCUUAACUGGGUCGCCAUCAGUCAGGUGCUUAACCUUGCCACAUCUACAAAUACUGGGUCGGUGGUUCAACUAAUAAAUAUGCCAGAAAACGCAAGACACACAGA